UGUAAUGAACAGAUCGGUCUGUGUGUAACGAUACGAUCAGGGAUUAUUCUCGUUUUAUCUGUUUUUAUUUAUUAUUUCAAGCUUUUGUGUUUAUAUCAUGACAGAAAUAUUUUCCACUUUGUUCAGCCAAAAUGAUACUCAGGGACCUCCGAGCUCCGCGGCUCUGGGUUUUGUGCCGGGAAAACCUCCUCCUCCGGUCGGCCAGAACGCAGCGCCUGGGCCGGGUCAGCUCUCAGGACAGUUCGGGGAUGAGGGGCCUGCCCCACGAAAAGCUGGAGUCAUGAACGAACCGUUUUAUUUACUGAGAGAAUUACCUGUUUGUGUCUCAGUCGGAACUGAUCUGACGGGGAACACGAACCUGAUCACUCACUACAGUCUGGAACACGCUUACAACAAGUUCUGCGGCAAGAAGGUGAAGGAGAAGCUCAGCAACUUCCUACCAGAGUUACCAGGUAUGAUCGAUGCUCCAGGUGAUCAGGAUGGAAGUUCUCUACGGUCACUCAUAGAAAAACCUCCAGUGUGUGGAAAUUCAUUCAGCCCACUGACAGGAACCCUGCUCACCGCGUUCAGACUCCAUACAGGACCGCUCCCAGAGCAGUACAGACUCAUGCACAUCCAACCUCCCAAGAAAAAGAGCAAACAUAAACACAGACACCAUCGACCCCAGGACCCCAUCCCUCCAGCAGAGAUGCCGUCAGACGCAGAUCCCAAAAAGAAGAAGAAGAAGAAGGACGAGGAUCCAGAGCGCAAGAAGAAAAAGAAGGACAAGAAGAAGAAGAAGAAUCGACACAGUCCAGAUCAUCCCAGCGUUCCCACCUCACAGCCCAGCAGCAACAGUCUCAGAUAGAGGGCGUACUGGGCGUGAACGUGGGCGUGGUUUUGUACGUGAGCUGUGAUUAUUACUGAAGUUCUGUUCCCCGUGUUUUAUUAAAUAAACGGUUUGUAUUUGC